CGCGGCGGGGCCGGGCCGGGCCGGGCCCUCCCGCCAUGGGCUGCCGGGCCGCUGUCAGCGGGAUAAGAGCGGAGCGGGCGGCCGGGUCCGGCGGGGCGAGGAGCUGGGCUAGCUAUCUGAAGUCCUGACACAGGAUAUUCCAAAACUGUAACCAUCCCAUUGGGAUUGUACACAGCAGUGGUGAACUGAGAUUCUGGUGAACCAAGGGUGGUAUUUCCAGAGUAUAAUUUACUUUUUCUUCCAAAAAGAAGAUAAAUGUGUUAAAUUGUCCAAGUAAUUCUGCUCAGACAUGAGCAGUGCCAGUAACUCACUGGCACGAGAAUUCUUGACGGAUGUCAACAGACUGUGCAAUGCAGUGGUCCAGAGGGCAGAGGCCAAGGAAGAUGAAGAAGAAGAAACUCAUAUGGCAGCACUGGGACAAUACUUGGUUCAAGGCCGUGGGUUUAUUUUGCUUACCACACUGAACUCUACUAUUGAUCAGGAGCUGACAUGUAGGGAAGAACUUCUGACCCUCCUCCUGUCACUUCUGCCAUUGGUGUGGAAAAUCCCUGUCCAAGAAGAAAAAGCAAUAGAUUUUCAUAUACCCUUUACAGUAGACAUAUGUCUGACCAAAGAGAAUAAUUCAAGCUCUGUGAAAUCUACUCAGGAAAAACUAGGCUUAGGUGGAAGCACUCGUUCAUCUCUUCAGACUUCUGUAAAACUAAAUCCUCGAUCUCGAAAAAGUGGACGUCUGCGCAAAACCACCCAUCAUUAUUUUGUGCGAGAUGCAAGAAGAUCUCAGCUGUCCACUUCAGAGUCAGAAGGCAAUUCUGAUGACAAGACUACUGUGAUAAUGAAACAGAAACGCUUCCAGUUACUGCAGCCUUUUUUAACAUACCCAGUUAGGGACAGCUACCUGGUAGGUAGAAGUGAUUGCCUACCUGCAGAAGCGGUACCAAAUUCUAAUCCUGAUGCCCCAAAUCCAGAAAAUUCCAGCAAAAUUAUUCCAGUAUAUGAGCAAAACCCAGAGAUUUUGAAUGAGCCAGCUGCAGGAAUUGCUGAGAGCAACAUGAAUAAUUCUCCUUUUGACUUAUGCCAUGUCUUACUGUCUCUCCUAGAGAAGGUGUGCAAAUUUGAUACUUUGAAUCAUGGUUCUACUCUUUCAGCUAGUGUGGUGCCCACAUUGACUGAGUUCUUAUCAGGAUUUGGAGACUGUUGCCAUGUAAGUAGUAACACAGAAAAUGAAGUAGUUUCUGCAGGGUGGACAGAAGAACCUGUGGCUCUGAUCCAAAGGAUGCUCUUUCGAACAGUGCUGCAUCUUAUGUCUUUAGACAUUAGCAAUACAGAAACAAUGCCUGAGAAUUUACGAAGAAAUUUAACAGACUUACUUAAAGCAGCAUUAAAAAUCAGAAUAUUCUUGGAAAAGCAACCUGAUCCUUUUGCUCCAGGAUACAAGAAAACACUACAGCAGCUGGUUCAGGAUGACUAUGUAUUUUCUAAAUAUCGUCACAGAGCCUUGCUUCUACCUGAGGUUAUAGAAGGGGUCUUACGGAUUUUGAUAUGCUGCCUACAACGUGCAGCCUCCAAUCCAUUCUACUUUAGCCAAGCUAUAGAUUUGGUUCAUGAGUUCAUACAGCAUCAGGGAUUUAAGCUGUUUGAAGCAACAGUGCUUCAGAUGGAAUGGCUGUGUAUGAAGAAUGAGGGAGUAACUGGGGAAGCCUCAGAACAUUUGAAAUCCCUAAUCAACAGCAUCAUGAAAAUAAUUAGCACUGUCAAAAAAGUGAAAUCAGAGCAGCUCCAUCAAUCAAUGUGUACAAGAAAGCGACACAGACGAUGUGAGUACUCUCACUUCAUGCACCACCACAGAGAUCUCUCUGGGCUCUCUGUAUCUGCUUUUAAAAACCAGGCUUCCAAAACAACCUUUGAAACUGCUGAUGGAGAGGUUCAUUAUCCUGACAGAUGCUGUUGCAUUGCUGUUUGUGCACACCAGUGUUUGCACUUGUUGCAACAAGUUGCUUUAAGCAGUACUUGUGUUCAAAUUCUCUCGGGUGUACAUAAUGUAGGAAUAUGCUGUUGUAUGGAUCCAAAGUCUGUGAUUGUCCCAUUGCUUCGUGCUUCAAAGUUACCAGUAUUAAAAAACUUUCAACAACACAUAUUGAACAUCCUUAACAAGUUUAUAUUGGAUCAGCUGGGUGGAGCAGAAGUUUCUCCAAAAAUUAUACAGGCAUCAUGCAAUAUAUGUACUGUUGACUGCGAUCAACUUGCUCAGCUGGAAGAUGCCUUACAGGGCAACUCUAGUGAUGCUGGUCUUACAUCUAGUUCCUCUUGCAAAGUUCAGGGAAUUCUGCCUAGCAGUGGAUCUGAAGAUAUGUUGUUGAGAUGGGAUGCAUUGGAAGCUUAUCAGGACAUUGCUUUUGAAGAAGACAAACUACGUGGCAUGCAGAUUGCAAGCCAUAUUUGCCACUUAAUUCAAAAGGGAAAUGCAGUGGUCCAAUGGAAACUCUAUAACUGUAUUUAUAAUACCGUGCUUCAGAGAGGGGUUGAGCUAGCUUGUCAUGCUCAGCAACUCAGACUAACUACAGCUGAUACACACACAUGGAGUUACGAUAGCCACUGUUUACCUUCUGAAGUACUUCAGAUUUAUUUGCAGACGCUCCCUGUGUUGCUUAAAUCCAGGGUAAUUAGAUACUUGUUUCUGAGUUGCAAUGGAGUAAAUCAAAUGACUGAGUUAAAUUACUUAGACACUUUAAGAAGCCAUUCUUUAAAAGUGUUAGAGACUUUGAUACUCUGCCUUGGUGAUCAGCAGAAAGACCAAGCAAUGCCAGAACUGGAAGGCCUGAACAGCGAACAAAAGGAGUCUACAUCUGGCUUGCCUGCUUCUCUUUGUAGCCAGCAUGCUGUUUCAGAAGUUCCUCAAAGCCUGAGCAAGUUUUAUGCUGGCUUGAAAGAGGCUUACCCAAAAAAGAAAAAGUUUGUGAGCCAAGACAUUCACAUCAACACAAUAAACCUAUUCCUCUGUGUUGCCUUUUUAUGUGUAAGUAAAGAAGCAGAUGUCGAUCUGGAUUCAGCUAAUGACUCUGAAGAUACAUCAGGAUAUGAUAGUACAGCUAGUGAACCACUGGGCUGCAAAUUGCCGUAUCUGUCACUGGAAAGCCUUACUUUGCCCUCUCUGGAAAAUAUUCACAGGGCUGCAGAUAUUUGGUCCGUGUGUCGUUGCAUCUAUUUGUAUAGUUCAGUUUUCCAGAGACAGUUCUAUAGACUUGGAGGCUUUGAAGCAUGCCAUAGAUUACUAAUUCUGAUAAUUCAGAAACUUGCAAAAAGUAAGGAAAAGGAGCAAGAAAAAAGGGACAGAGUAAUGAGUGGAAGCAGAGGGGUGACACGAUUGGAGCUUGAUAGUUCUGACAGUCUUGCUGGUGAAGAACAGCUGGUGUCUGAAUGUGUCUCCUGUGACAGCUCUUUGGGUAGGGAACACGCUUCAGUUAUUUCAGUUGCUGAUCUUGAAGGGAUAAAGAUUUCUGUAAGAGAAGAGACUGAGUGGGCACUUCAAGGUAUCAGACUUCUAGAAGCUCUGCUAACAAUCUGUCUGCACGGUGCAAGCACCAUGCAGCAGAAGAUGGAAGUGGAGAUGUUUCACCAGAAUACCUGUGUGGAUGAUAUCUUACUUCAAAUAAGAGAGCAGCUUGCUCAGUCAAAAGUGAUAGAAACUGAAUUGGCAAAGCCUCUGUUUGAUUCACUGCUUCGUGUUGCAUUGGGCACUUUUUCGGCUGAUCUGGAUCAUUCUGAAGAAAAAAUUGAAAAGGCCCAUUACACUGAAAAGGAACCUGUGUCACAACCUGGAGAUAUUUCUGAAGAAACUGAAGAACCACAGUGCUGUAGCCUUAGAAGUUAUGCUGAAGAGGAAGGAUAUGAAGCAGAUAGUGAAAGUAACCCUGAUGAUAGUGAAACCAAGAAUGAAGGAGCAGAUACAAAGUCAGAACCAGGAUGUACUGGUCUCUCGAGUUAUUUUAAUGACCUAGCUGAAAGCAUCAAUCAAGGAGAAUUAAUGUAUCCUGAAAUCUGCAUGUUAGAAUUAAACUUGCUCUCAGCUGGUAAUGCAAGUUUAGAUGUGCUUGCUCACGUAUUCCAAAGCUGCCUGAAAAUCAUCAGCCAGAAGGAGAGAAAUGCCACUGUACUUAUAGAACAGGGAGCUGUUAAACACCUUUUGGGAGGAUUUCUGAACAUAUUGACACAAACAGAAUCUAAUUUUCGUGCAUGUCAAAUGGUGCUGGUAGACCUGUUAGUUUCCUUGAUGAGUUCACAGACAUGCUCAGAAGAGCUAACUCUUCUUCUGAGGAUAUUUUUGGAGAAGACACCUUGUACGGAGAUACUACUCAAGGGUGUAUUGAAGAUUAUAGAAACUAAUAUUUAUAUGAACCCGUUACAGUACCUUGCCUUCCCUUUGUUACAUGGCACAAGUUUGAGUAGUAGUUCUUUACAAAAAUCUGCUAGCACUUCCAACAGCAAAACUGCUGGACUAUUAAAAAGAGCAAAAUUUUCACAGAGUAAGAAAGAGGCAGAUGGUGAAAACUUGAGUCACCAGGUGCUUUCUUCUUGGCAUGUUGCCCCGAUUCACUUGCCUUUAGUUGGACAAAACUGUUGGCCACACAUGUCUGAAGGCUUCAGUGUCUCACUGUGGUUUCAUCUGGAAUGUGCUCAUGAAGCAGAAAAUUCAACAGAAAAGGGAAAAAAAGUCAAAAGAAGAAGCAGACUGGUAACUGUAAGAGAGAACAGCUUUGACAGCACAGAUGAAAUGAAGUCUAUAGGAAUGGAAUACCUAAGCCUGGGAGAUAAACUUGUUGAAGAUGGCUGUGUUCAUAUAAUUUCACUGGGUUCCAAAGCAUUGAUGAUACAAAUCUGGGCAGACUUGAACACUGGAGCAUUCAUAUUUCGUAUGUGCAUGGAUCCAAAUGAUGAGAUGAAAGCUGGUCUGCUGGCACAGGCUGAAUCUCCAGAGAAUGUUUUCCUUGUGGGCAGGUGGCAACAUUUGGCGAUAACGUAUCUGCAGCAGCCAGAAGGCAAGAAAAAUAUCCAUGGAAAGCUGUUGCUGUGGGUUUCUGGUCAGAGGAAAUGUGAGAUUAAUUUAGAUUACGCACUACCAAGGAAAUCAAGUUUAUCAUCUGACAGCAAUAAAACAUUUUGUAUGAUUGGCCAUUGUACAUCAUCUCAAGAAGAAUUGCUUCGAUUGUCGGGUAGAUGGGAUCUUGGAAAUCUGCUUCUAUUUAAUGGUGCAAAGAUUGGACCAGAGGAAGCAUUUUACUUAUACACAUGUGGGCCAGACUUCACAUCUGUAAUGCCCUGUAAAUAUGGCAAAACAUUGUCUGAUUGCUCUAAGUACAUAAGUAAAGAGAUUCUACAGUGUGAACAAAUUAAGGAGCUCUUCAUGGCAAAAAAGGAAGUGGAUGUUGGGCCUUUAAUUGAGAGUCUUGCUGUUGUUUAUACCACGUGCUGCCCUGAUCAGUACACCAUAUAUGAACCUGUAAUUAGACUGAAAGGUCAAGUGAAAACUGUACCAUCUCAGAGACCUUUCAGUUCAAAAGAAGUUCAGAGCAAUGCAUUGGAUUCUCAUCACCUGAAAACACUUCAGCCUGUUGAAUAUAAAACUCUUCAGGGUAUACUACAUGAAAUUGGAGGAACUGGUGCAUUUGUUUUUCUCUUUGCUAGGGUUGUAGAGAUUAGCAGCUGUGAAGACACUCAAGCUUUAGCAUUACAACUUAUACUAUCUUUAACAAAAUACAAUCAACAGCGAAUACAGGAGAUGGACAAUUGUAAUGGUUAUUCUAUGAUUCAUCGAGUGUUGAUCAAACCAAAAUGUAUUGUUGGAUUUUGCAUGCUGAAGACUCUCCUUGAAGGAUGUUGCAGUGAUGAGAUUCUCUAUAUAAAUCAAAAUGGGCAAUUCGUGCUGGACACAGAUUCUGCAGCAGUUAUCCAAGAUGUUCAGUUGUUAGAAAAGCUGUUGCUUGACUGGAAGAUAUGGUCUAAAGCAAAGCAAGGUGUUUGGGAAUCUCUGUUAGCAGCCCUAGAAAUCCUGAUCAGAGCGAACCAUCACCAACAGAUGUUUAACAUUAAGCAGCUAUUGAAAGCUCAAGUGGUGCAUCACUUCCUGUUAACUUGUCAGGUUCUGCAGGAGCAUAAAGAAGGGCACCUUGCAUCUCUGCCUCAGGAGGUUUGCAAGUCAUUUGUGAAAAUAAUUGAAGAAGUACUUGGAUCUCCUCCAGACCUGGAAUUGCUGACACUGGUCUUCAAUUUCCUCUUAGCUGUUCACCCUCCCACUAAUACAUAUGUUUGUCAUAAUCCUACCAACUUCUACUUUUCCCUGCACAUAGAUGGCAAAAUUUUUCAGGAGAAAGUUGAAUCACUUAAAUACCUGAGGAAUUCUAGCAGUGGUGGGAAGUCAAUAGACAGUUCUGCAUUUGUGAUUACAACUCCAACUGGAUUUACAGCUUUAGCACUGGGAGGGAACACUUCCAGUGCUGUUGUACAGCAGAAGAUAAGCUCUCGGGCACCUAAAAGGCUUUGCAAAAGUUUACCAGCAUCUCCUACUUUCCCACCUCAAGUUCAUCAAAAAAGACUGACUGAAAGGGUGGGAAGGAGUGUUGAUGACCUGCAGAUUAUUGGCAAGCAUGACUACACUGAUCUCUGGGGUAGAACUGGUUUUGUGGGAAGUUCUGAAACCAUAAAGAAAGUACAAGAACAUUUUAUUAGCAGUUGUGAGUCUGCAAACACAGUUUGUGACUCAGAGUUAACAUCUGCUGAAAUGUUUGAAGAUAUUGCAAAAGAGUUAUCUGAAAAUGCGUUUGAGAGUAAAGAAGAUGAUGCAGACCUGAAAUGCAAUGAAGGUGGUGGUGCUGCAGCUGAGCUAUUGCUACAUCGUCCGGAUAAUCUGAAAGGACUGCCUUCAUUUCAGAAGAGUCAGACUAAUUUUGCAGGGUUGGGUUUAGCAUUUUCUGUUCAUGGAGGAGGAUCAUCAGCCAUUGCUCGCUGGCCGAGCUUUGCUGACAAGAAUGUACUUCCUGAAGACUGGGAGAGUCUUGCUUUUUCUUCAGCUAAUGAGAAUACCCAAAAACCGUCUGAAAGCCUUGAUGACAGAUGUACAGAAGACUGUCUUGUGCUUAUCUGUUGUGGAUUAUAUGACCUCUUGCGUGGAGUUCUCCUAAUCCUUCCAGAUGUCAUGCUAGAUGAUGUAAUGGACAAACUUAUCCAACCUGAUUAUCUUAUAGUUCUUGUGAACCACCCAUCUCCUCUCAUACAACAAGGAGUCAUUAAAUUGUUGGAUGCAUAUUUCAACAGAGCAAGGAGGGAGCAGAAGGAGAAAUUCUUAAAGAACCGUGGCUUCUCCUUGCUAGCCAACCAGCUGUACCUUCACCAGGGGACUCAGGAAGUUGUAGAGUGCUUUCUGGAAAUGCUCUUUGGCCGCUCUGUUGGCUUGGAUGAAGAAUUUGAUCUGGAAGAUGUCAAGAAUGUUGGACUCUUUCAAAAAUGGUGUGUCAUUCCUGUUCUGGGUCUUAUAGAGAACUCUCUGUAUGAUAAUGUUCUGCUGCAUAACUGCUUCUGUCUCCUGCUGCAAAUCAUAAAUUCCUGCUCAAAAGUUGCAGACCUGCUGCUUGAUAAUGGUUUGCUCUACGUGUUGUGUAAUACACUGGCUGCUCUCAACGGGCUGGAAACAAACAUUCCCUUGAAUGACUACAAGUUACUUGCAUGCGAUAUACAACAGCUGCUGGUAGCAGUUGCAAUUCAUGCCUGCAGCUCCUCAGGUUCUCAAUAUUUUCGUGUUAUUGAAGAUCUCAUUGUGCUGCUGGGUCAUCUUCAAAAUAGUAAAAAUGCAAGGAUGCAAAAUAUGGCAGUUGUUCUGCAGUUAAGAGUUCUUCAAGCAGCUAUUGAAUUAAUAAGAACUACAGCAAACCAGGAUGCUCAGGAGCAGGCCAGUUCAGUCCCAUCACCAUCUGCACCACAUCGUGCAAUGUUUCAAAAGCGUAAAGGCAUUGCUGGCUCCAGAAAGUUUUCACCUGCUCAGUCUGAUGCUCUGCUGAUGAAAAUGCGCUCCCUAGCAAGCGAGGAAUUCAACAUGAUGAUGCAGCGCAGAAUGAGCCAAGAAAAUCCUAUCCAAGCCACUGAGACUGAGUUUGUACAAAGGUUACAGAGGCUGACUGUUCUAGCUGUUAACAGGCUCAUUUAUUUAGCAUCUACUGAAGAGUGCCUUGAUGUACUGGGUAUAACAGAAAACACAUGUCAAAGCAGACUUUCAGCAUCCCGGCUGGAGGUUCCUGAAGAGGAAAGCCAGCAAGAUCUGCCUAGCAGAACAAAUCCUUUUCUUAAAGAAGUGUUCAAACUGUUGGUGGAAGGAAUCAAAGUAUCCAUUGGCACCAGUAGAAUGAACACACCAAAGCAGCAGUGGAAGAGAAUCCUCUUGUCAUGUAAGGACACGUUCCGUACGCAACUUGGGAGGCUUCUUGUGCACAACUUGUCUCCAGCAAGGCCACUGCAAGAGAGAAAGCAGAUUUUGGAGAUGGUACCUGAAGUAAACCAUCAAGAGAUUAUGCGUGACUGUCUUACCCCGAAUUUGCAACAUGGACCUAAACUAGUGCUCUAUUUGUAUGAGUUAAUGCACAAUCACAGUGAUGAAAUCACCAAAGAAGAAAAAAGAGCAGCAGGAGACUUUGUGAAUACAUUAAGAUGUUGUGGCUAUAAAUGCAUUCCCCUGAGCCCACGACCGAAACCAGAUCUAAUAAAAGCUUUGAAAGAGGAUCAGAAGAAAUAUGAGAUGGAAGAAGGUGUAAACAAAGCUGCCUGGGAGAAGACAAUGGCUAAUAACCGGCAAAAUCUCUUUCAACGUCUGGAUACAAAAUCUAAAGACAUUUCUAAAAUAGCUGGAGACAUCACACAAGCUGUGUCUCUGUCGCAAGGAAUGGAAAGGAAGAAAGUAAUCCAGCACAUCAGAGGGAUGUACAAGGCAGAGCUAAGUGCCAGCAGACAUUGGCAGGAACUGGUUCAGCAGCUUACUCAUGAUCGAGCACUCUGGUAUGACCCGGUCUACUACCCAACUUCUUGGCAACUGGAUCCAACAGAGGGCCCAAACAGAGAGAGGCGUCGCUUACAGAGGUGCUACCUAACUAUUCCAAACAAGUACCUUCUCCCAGACAGGCAGAAACAGGAAGGUGUGAUAAAAACUCCGUUAUCUUAUCUAUUUGAAGACAAAACACAUUCUUCUCACUCUUCUACUGUAAAGGAUAAAGCUGCAAGUGAACAUAUAAGAGUUAAUCGAAGAUGUGUAAGUGUAGCACCUUCUAGAGAGACUGCUGGUGAAUUGUUGCUAGGAAAAUGUGGCAUGUAUUUUGUUGAAGACAAUGCUUCAGACACAAUUGAAAACUCAAGUUUUCAUGGAGAAACUGAACCAGCAUCAUUUUCUUGGACCUAUGAGGAAAUUAAGGAAGUUCAUAAGCGCUGGUGGCAGUUAAGAGACAAUGCUGUGGAAAUAUUCCUAACAAAUGGCAGAACCUUGCUCUUGGCUUUUGAUAAUACAAAGGUCCGCGAUGAUGUGUACCACAACAUCUUAACUAACAAUUUGCCUAACCUUUUGGAAUAUGGAAACAUUACUGCUUUGACCCACCUGUGGUGCACAGGACAGAUUACUAACUUUGAAUAUCUGACUCAUUUAAACAAACACGCAGGCCGUUCCUUCAAUGAUCUCAUGCAAUAUCCAGUAUUUCCUUUUAUACUUUCUGACUACACCAAUGAAACGCUGGACCUAAAUGAUCCAUCAGUAUAUAGAAAUCUGGUCAAACCAAUUGCUGUGCAGUCUAAAGAAAAAGAGGAUCGUUAUGUGGAUACUUAUAAGUAUUUGGAAGAAGAGUACCGUAAAGGAGCACGAGAGGAUGAUCCAAUGCCCCCUGUACAGCCAUACCACUACGGAUCUCAUUAUUCUAACAGUGGAACUGUGCUUCAUUUCCUAGUUAGGCUGCCACCUUUUACUAAAAUGUUUUUAGCCUAUCAAGAUCAAAGUUUUGACAUCCCGGACAGAACUUUUCAUUCUACCAAUACGACCUGGCGACUCUCUUCAUAUGAAUCAAUGACUGACGUAAAGGAGCUGAUCCCAGAAUUUUUCUACCUUCCUGACUUUCUAGUUAAUAGAGAAGGUUUUGAUUUUGGAGUACGUCAAAAUGGUGACAGAGUUAACCAUGUCAAUCUUCCACCCUGGGCUCGUAAUGAUCCUCGUCUGUUCAUCUUGAUUCAUCGUCAGGCUUUGGAGUCUGACCAUGUUUCCCAGACAAUCUGUCACUGGAUUGACUUGGUGUUUGGUUAUAAGCAAAAAGGCAAGGCCUCUGUUCAGGCUAUUAAUGUCUUUCAUCCUGCAACCUAUUUUGGGAUGGAUGUUUCUGCUGUUGAGGAUCCUGUUCAGAGAAGAGCCCUUGAAACAAUGAUAAAAACAUAUGGGCAAACACCUCGCCAGCUGUUCCAUACAGCACAUGUUAGCAGGCCUGGAUCCCGGCUUAUCAUGGAAGGAGAACUUCCUGCUGCCAUGGGGUUACUAGUGCAGUUUGCUUUCAGAGAAACCAGAGAACACACUAAAGAAAUAAUAUAUCCAAGUCCGUUACCAUGGAUAAAAGGCUUGAAGUGGGGAGAAUACGUUGGUUCCCCAAGUGCUCCCGAUCCUGUUGUCUGCUUUAGCCAACCACAUGGAGAAAGGUUUGGCUCUCUCCAGGCUUUACCAACUAAAGCUAUCUGCGGCUUGUCCCGCAAGUUUUGCCUUUUGAUGAUAUAUAGCAAGGAGCAAGGUGUGAGAAGCAUGCACAGCACUGACAUUCAGUGGUCAGCUAUCCUGAGCUGGGGAUAUGCCGAUAACAUUUUACGACUGAAAAGCAAGCAAAGUGAACCUCCAGUAAAUUUUAUACAGAGUUCACAGUUUCAUCAGGUAACAAGUUGUGCUUGGGUGCCAGACAGCUGUCAGCUGUUCACAGGUAGUAAAUCUGGGGUCAUCACAGCAUAUAUGAACAGAUUCACUAGCAAUAUGCCUUCAGAGAUAGAAAUGGAGUCACAAGUCCAUCUGUAUGGUCACACAGCAGAAAUAACAAGCUUGUUUGUGUGCAAACCCUACAGUAUAAUGAUAAGUGUCAGCAAAGAUGGAACCUGCAUCAUAUGGGAUUUGAACAGGCUGUGCUAUGUCCAGAGUCUGGCUGGACACAAGAGCCCUGUGACUGCAGUUUCAGCCAGCGAAACAACUGGUGAUAUUGCAACAGUGUGUGAUUCAGUUGGAGGGGGUAGUGAUUUGAGACUUUGGACAGUUAAUGGUGAUCUCGUGGGACAUGUACACUGCAGGGAAAGUAUUUGCUCUGUUGCUUUCUCUAACCAACCUGAAGGAGUGUCUGUCAACGUGAUUGCAGGGGGGCUUGAAAAUGGAGUUGUGCGACUGUGGAGUACGUGGGACUUGAAGCCAGUACGAGAAAUAACAUUUUCAAAGUCAGCCAAACCUAUUAUAAGCCUUACAUUUUCCUGUGAUGGUCAUCACUUGUUCACAGCUAAUAGUGAUGGAAAUGUUAUAGCUUGGUGUCGCAAGGACCAGCAGCGCUUGAAGCUACCCAUGUUCUACUCAUUCCUUAGCAGCUAUGCGGCUGGGUGAUGACGAUUUUUGCUGCUAACUCAUGUUUCUGAUGCACUUUAAAUCCAAAACAGAUUAUAGAAUCUUAUUUAACUGGAUUUUGAGGUAGUUUGAAUGUCUCUAGAAUGAAUAGAUUUUUAAAGAGCAGCAGUCUAAGGUCAUUGUAAAAUUGCGUAUGUGCAUGCACAAACUUGAAGCAUAUCCAGGUCACCAGGAAGCUCUGCUCAUACACUCCAAUACCAGCAAAGUGACUCAUAAAUGCUCUAACAUACAAGUCAAAAUGCUGCAAUAUAAAACAUAAUGGUAUUUUUUUAAAUCACUUCUUGGACAGAAGUAUUUAAAAAAAUUGAUUGAUAAUGCUUAUUCCCCCUCUUAUGUUGUAAAAUGUCAGCAGCAUAAAGUUCUGUAAAUAUCUAUUAAAAUGUCAGCAUAUGUAUAUCUGAUCAGUUGACCAUGGUAUAGUUAGCUCUGGGAUAAGCAAUCCAAAACUCAAGAAUCCAAGACCACUUAAAAUUGCUUUUUUUGAGAAGCAAAGAACUUAGUAGGUGCUUUUUGCACCAUCUUAUGGUAUUGUAAUGAUAAAAAUUUGAAUUUCUGUUAUCUUUAGAUUUGUAAUUUUUGCCAUCUUCUCUGUUAGUAUAAUAGUCUUUACAACAGGCAAAAAUAAUAUAUUUGUCUUAGUGAUGUGUAGACACCUCAUGGCAUCACGAAGCAAUAGUUAGAUCAUGUAUUGGUUUUGUUUUCUAAUUUCAUGUUAGCUCCCUAAUUUCAUAACACCUAGCUAUUGCAAUUCUGUGGCAGAAUAUAUAUUAUAUACACACACAGCUUAUCUUCCAGAGCUCUGAAAAAGAAAGGUGUUAAAGAAGGCACAGAUGUGCUACUGUUCUACUGUUAUUGAAGUUCAGUAAACUGUAAAAUGUUUGAAUCUAACUGCUUGAAUAAUCAAUGUUCAGAGGCAUCAGAUGAUUUUGAAGUUCAUACAGAUAAACUGUGGAAAUAUGUUGUUUAUUCCUAGGUGCUAUUUUUUGAGGGGGGAAAAAAAUAAGCCUCCAUUGUGAAAGGCUUAACGAAUUUUGAAUUCUUAAACCAGAUCACAAAUUAAGAUUUCAGUCAGUGGAUUUGAAGACCUCUAAACCUACAACCAUGAAUGAGUGCCUACUGUAGUCAUGCGAAUGGUAAAACAAGAAUGCUACGCAAGUCUGAUGUAGUUACUUUUUUUGUUUAAAUUGCUUUGCUUUUUCAUCAUUUACAUGCUCUGCAAUUGCCAUACAAACUGCUGUAUCUUCUCAUGUUUAAGGUUCAUCUGCCUUCAAAACACUGUAUAUGAAAUUGUCAAGUUGUGAUGAAGAUGACAUACACACACAUCUUUACACUUCCUUUGCAAAUUCCAGUCUUCAAAGAUUCUUGCAACUUCCCAAUUGAAGAACUUUUCAAACUAGAGAAACUUAAAAAUAUUCUCAUAGUCUGUGGCACAAAGGCUGAUCGUUGGUUCAGUUAAGCAAGUGGCUACAUACAGUAUGAAUUGAGUUUUGAACUGCAUAUAUUGUAGCAGCAUUGUAUGGGAUGGCUUUAGUCAUGUUUUUCACUGUCUAAUUGUUGAUGUAAGGUCCAAAUACAGACUGAAAAGCUUCCUGGCUCAUGUUGAAGUGAUGUGCUUUAUUUAAGAUGAAAAAGUACAAACAUUGUGGGGUUUGGGGUGCUUUUGUGCUCCCUGGUUUGGGGUGUUACUCACAAAAGCUUAUUUUUAUAAAGUAGAAUUCCACUUGUUAUGAAUCAAUAUGCAAAAUUGCUGGCCUUGUAAAGAGUGCAAUAUUAUAUAUUUUUACGUAAAAGUAAAAAUGAUUUUUUUGAAGCAAGGAAUAUUUAUUCAGCUUAACAUUCUUGAACUAUUAAAAUAACAUUGCAAUAGUAUCUGUGCAUGAUGUACUGAAAUUUCCUGUAAAUGUCACAUUCCACACUGCCUUUGUAUAUACACUGUCACCUUGUUGAGUAAUAAACAGAUCUUUGUACCAAA